AUGACAUUGGACACCUCAAUGCCAGGCGCAAGUUCAAGACCACCACGGCCUAUCAGUCAAGAACACGCAACGGUCAAACUUCCAAAGCUGGAAAUUGCAAAAUUUACGGGUGACAUACGGUCAUGGCAAGGUUUCUGGGACCAGUUUGACGCUACAAUCAACCAAAACGUCUCUCUGUCCGAAAUUGACAAGUUUAAAUACCUGAAAAGUUACCUUACAGCUAAAGCUGCUACAGCAAUUGAAGGGUUACAACUGACAGGUGAAAACUACACCGUUGCACUGGACCUCCUGAAAACAAGAUUCGGGAAAAAAGAGCUCAUCGUAGAAGAACACAUGUCACGGUUACUAGCAGUGAGAACAGUCAGUAACUCUCACAACGUGGAGAAGCUCAGGUUGUUGUAUGACGAAGUUGAGACAGGAGUCCGAAGCCUUGAGGCGCUUGGUGUCUCUUCAAACACCUACGGGACACUCCUACUAACAGUCCUGCGAAAGGCUGUGCCAUCAGACCUCGAACUAGAAUAUCAUCGAAAAACAACACCGGAAGCGACAAACGAAGUCAACGACCUAAAACAGUUUUUGAACUUCUUGAAAAGCGAAAUCGAAAGUCGAGAGCGGACUCAGCAUGGAAACCAAAGAGUCCAACCAACUUCCAGUAUGGCCAGUUCUUCAACUGGGAGGAACGAACGACCUAAACGAUAUCCACCUUCGACAGCUAUGUUCGCGACAGGAACGAACACCAACGAAAACCAGUGCCUGUUCUGCGGAUCAGCUGACCAUAUAACUGCCAACUGUUCGGUGCACAUGCCCCUGGACCGAAAAAAAAGAAGUCCUGAAAGGGAACAAUCGUUGCUUUCGAUGCACUAA